AUGAAUGAAGUGCCAAUGUGCUUGUUUAUUGCUUGCUCGACAAGUGAUAACACAAGUAGAGAAUAUAUUUACACAAUUUUAAAAAAUAGAUUAUUAGGUAGUCAUGUAUGUAUAGAUACAAACAUAUUAGAUGUCCCAACGAAUUUAAAAUUUUGUACCUUUGAUGACUUAUUAAAAUGUGCUGACGAUUUACAAAAAUAUGAUAGCUAUGCUUAUGGGUGUUUAAAAAAAAUUGAAAAAAUAGCUAAAGAAUAUGAUGAAAAUAUAGAAUUAAAAAUAAUAUACCAACGUCAACAUAUAAAUAUUGAUCAAUAUAUUAGACGUUUUAGUUGGGAUGAUGCAAAAUAUCCUAGGAAUAGAUCAUUAGUCGAUACAAUCGAUGUUAUUAUUAAUAAUAUAACAAAACUUUCUGAUGAAAUUCAAAUAAAAUCUAACAUUUUAAAUGAUUUAAAAGAGAAAAAAAAAUUAUAUAUAUCAAAACAUGAUAGUAAUAAUUUUAUACAUAAAAAUUUAAAUGAAAUAUUAACACCCCAAGUUGUUAAUGAAUCCGAUUUUAUGGAAACUGAAUAUAUUACAACAGUUAUUGCAUAUGUUUCAAAAGAUUCGAUAAAUGAUUGGGUUAGUAAUUAUGAAAAAUUUUCACAAUAUGUUGUACCUAGAUCAACAAAACAAUUUAAUGAUUUAAUUGAUAAAGAUGGGAAUACAUUAUGGAAAGCUUUUGUUUUUAAAAAAUUUGUAAAUAAUUUUAUUGAAAAUGCAAAGAGUAAAAAUUUUAUUGUUAAACCAUUUAAAUAUGAUGAAACACAUUAUAAUAAUAUCAUGGAGUCAAGAACAAAAAUUGAAACUGAAGUUAUAAGACAAGAAACAUUUUUAAGAAGAAUGUGUUUAGCUGCUUUUUCAGAUGUAUUUAUUGCAUUUAUUCAUAUUAAUAUUUUACGUGUUUUUUGUGAGUCAGUUUUAAGAUUUGGCGUACCUCCUAAUUUUGCUUCUUUUAGUAUUAGAAUAAAUGGGGAAAGUAAAGAAAAAAAAGUUCGAAAAAAAUUAUAUGAUAUAUUUUCUACUACUGAUUCGAUUGGCAAAAAUUAUCUUAAACGCUCUGAUGAAAAUGAUGAAGAGAUAUAUCCAUAUGUAUCAGUUUCAUUUAAAAUAUGA